GGACUUGUGGUGUUGUAGCCAUUGGUUGGUACGAGAUCCAAACCUACUCGAUUGUCUAGUGAACUAUCUAUCCUGGCUUAGGACAAGUAUACUCUAAGUCGACAAAGUAGUAAAGUGGUGACCCUCGAGGUCGUAUUCCAUAGGUUAUCGGAGCUAUUCCUACUAUCGGGAUAACUCAAUAUUUAACUUAAUCGUUGAUUUAAACGGGUUUUUGUCUAAAAAGAAAUACCGAGACACGUUGUAACGUGUUCAGAAGACGAGACACUUUGGGAUGCUCCCCUAACUCUAAGAUUAGUCAAGAAGAUAAAUAAAUGGAACACUCUCCUCCUUCUAAUGUUGGAAUUCUCUUAUAUUGCUUCUAGGGCAAUGGUCAUGUCCGCUAGAGGCACUUCUAGUAGGCUUCUCAGCUAAUGGUCAUACAAUCGAAAAUCGCUAAGAUGUUAGGUUGAAUUCCUACGAGGGUAGACUCAAGGGCAAACUAGACUUCAACUCAAUGGUCAUGCAAUUAAAAUAGUAUUUCACUUAAUGUAGAUUUUAGCCCUAAUCUAAAGGAUGGUCACCACAACCCUAGAUUAUGAACAUGCACUAAUUACUCAUACUGAAGAAAAUUACUGGCAACAUUAAACAUUAAAUGAUCAUAAGAGGGAGGAGAAUUCAUUACAUUCAUAUCCAAACCCUAACAUACAUAUACAUAGUUAUUUGAGUUGCUUACCCAAGUACAAAGAGGAUUGCUCAAUGAAAGACGAAAAGAAAGAAAAAAAAAACAAAAAAACAAAAAAAGGAGAAGGGGAUUAGACCAUAUUCUUCAUGAUUCCCAGUUUGAACUUAGACUUCAAUCUUCAAUAGUGAUCCCCUUCUCCAUCCUCUUCUCUAGGCAAACCCCUAACUUCUAUUUUUAAACUCUCUAAAACAACUUUUUUCUCUCUCUAGCCAACCCACUUCCUUUGGUGAAGGUCUCCUCUAUUUAUGGAAUUUUAGAAUCAUGGAUCGCAGUCGCGAUCUUGGUGUCUAGACCGUGAAUCGUACAACAUGUCUCUUUGUUGCGUUGGAGGGGAGAUCACGGUCUCGGAUUGAAGGGUCGUGACUCCGCCUGUAACACCUUUUAUGGAUCUUUGUAUGCUGCCUCUCUGAGAUCGCGGUCUAAAGAUCUAAGCCCCAAACCGCGAUCUGAUCAUGACACGAUAAAUUCUCGACCAUGUAAUGGUGCACUUUCACACGAUCUAGGAGUUUGCCUCUUUUCUUACACUUAAACUCUUGUUCGUCAUCAUAAUUGUUCUAAACUCAAGGAAGCAAUAUAUGCUACUUUGAUCGUUCAUGAAAACACUUAGUAUUAUAAAGAUAAAUAACACUUAUUUAAGUAUUAUCAUCCUUCCUCUUUUCAUAUAGUUUUAAGCUCUAAAACCUAUAAGUCUUUAUUUUAUGUACGAUGUCGAUUGUGUAAACUUCAAACCACCAAUCCAUAAUCAAAUUUCUACAAAUGUAAGUCCCUUUCUCGUAAAACUUCAAACCACCAACCUCUGAUUAAACCUCUACAAUACAAGUCUGUUCCAUAGAUUGUUUUGGGCGAAAAGUAUAAAAUCAUAUAGUUGAUCAAAUAAGUGAGAUCAAUUAUUCAGAUUCUAAUGUUACUCCCGUAUUAGAUGAGCAUAACUAUGUAUCAAUAUGUACUAGAUUAGUAAGUUUGACUGCUGUAAUCUUAUCUCACGCUCCUUUCGGGGUAGAAAAAUGCGAUAAAACAGGAAAAUUGUAAUAAAAAUUAGUAAACAAAAUGAACCGAAUUAUGAAAGAAAGAAAUCAUCGCACUGACCUUGACUUGAUCAAUAUUAUCUUCAACUCCCUUCAAAAUAGCACAAGGAGGCUUUAAUUUCUUAAAGGCCACCAAAUGUCACAACUAACCAUUAUUAGAUUCCUUGCAUCUAAUUUAUUUGUUUACACAAGCGUUACACGGCAUAAUCAAUUAAAUACAUGCAUUCACCAAGCAUAAUCAAAAUUGUCAACUAUGUAUAAUAAUUAACAAUUACACAUUCAACUCCUUCUGCAAAAUAAAAAUAAAAAUUGUACUUGAAACACUUAUCAAUUCUGGCAGCAUUAAAAUAUAAAAAUUGUGAUAUUGAAUCCCACAUAACUGAAUAAAUUAUUGAAUGUUACACGUUAAUAAUGUAUUGUGAAACCUUAUUAAGUAAGAAAUAGAUGAUAUUCGUACUAAAAUGAAACAUGAAAAGCCAAAAAAACAUGUAUUCUAAAAUGUAUCGAGGUGAUUACUUACCAAAUCACUUCUUUUUUAAUUUAUACUACAAAAAUGAGUAUUCCAUUUGACAUAAUAAAAAUAAAAAUUAAGAAAAUGGUUCGUUUCCAUUCCCAUCUAAAACGGCUAAAUUAAGAGAGAGCAUGAGAGACUGAAAGCAUGGCUCUUUGUUCUUUGUUCUUCUUCUUCAUCAUCUUCCCCACCCCAAUCCCCUCUUGUCUCUGAAAAACUGUCUCCUUGUUUCAGGAAAGAGUAGGAGAAGCUCCCUCUUCGCAUUUUUUUUUUUAUCCUCUCCCCUUCCAAUCAAGAAUUUCGUACAUUUCGCGUACGAAAUUAUUACAUUAACUAACCUUUCAGUCGAACAACUUCGUUCCUCUCCUUUCAGUCUGACACUCGCACUCACACUCGCACGCUCUUCCUUUCCACGAUCGUCGUAAAAAAAAAAAUGGCGAUGGCGAAAGUGUAGAAAGAGGAGAAAGACGAUGACGGCGGUGAUGAUCGGUUGCCGGAUCCACCACGAUCAAGAAUCGGCGGCUCUCUUUCUGUACCACAAUGUCCAGAGCGUGAAGAGAUUCGUAUUUGGAUUCGUACUGCUCGUCCUCCUCAUCUACAAUGGCUCCACCGUCUUCUACGUCAGCGUCCCGUUCUUCCCCGCCGCCACUUCCCCGGCGGACGCUCCAUCCAAUUUCUCCUCCGCCGCCGCCGCGGAAGCGAAAUCCGGCCUGAUGGAGGAAAGAAAACCCUCGCCAACAGAGUCGCUGCCAAUGCCAUCGUCAUUUCCCGUCAUCCCCCUCCACGCGCUCAGCGAGCCACUCCCUCCCACGCGCUUCCCCACCCAGGUGGGACCCACCACCGCCACGAGGCCCGGACGAAAGGGCCGAUCCGCAAAGUGGCACGUGGCGGACGAGAUCCGGCGGUUCGAUCCGGGUCGGGCACCCGAAUCAGGAUCGAAACUCAAAUUCUCCACCCGGAUCCGGGAAUUCUUCCGGAGCUCCCACUGCAAGCCCCGCUUCUUCAUGACGCUGAUCUCCCCCACCGUGGAUUCGUUCGGCGAGAGAGAAUCCUUCGCCGUCGAUAGCCUCUUCCGAUCCCACCAAAAUGCCUGCCUGGUGAUCGUCUCGAAUUCGAUGGACUCCGAACAGGGCCGCGCGCUCCUGAAACCAUUCAUCAACAACCGAUUCCGGGUCACGGCCAUGAAGCCCGACUUCGCCGCCGCGUUCAAAAACACGCCCGCCGAAACCUGGUUCCGCGACCUGAAGUCGGGUCGGGUCAGACCCGGGGACGUCCCCGUCGCGCAGAACCUCUCCAAUUUGCUGCGCCUCGCCCUGCUGUACAAAUUCGGCGGGAUCUACCUCGACACCGACGUCGUGGUGCUGCGGAGCUUCAACGGGCUGAGGAAUUGCAUCGGCGCACAGACCGUCGACGCCGUGACGGGGAAUUGGUCCCGGCUGAACAACGCCGUCUUGAUAUUCGACCGGAACCACCCGCUGGUUUAUCGGUUCAUCGAGGAGUUCGCGAGGACGUUCGACGGGAGCAAGUGGGGGCAUAACGGGCCGUAUCUGGUUUCGAGGGUUGUGGAGAGGGUGAUUGGGGAUUCGGGUUUUAAUUUCACGGUGCUGCCGCCGGCGGCGUUUUAUCCGGUGGAUUGGAGCAGGAUUGCGGCCCUGUUUCACGGUCCAAGGGGAAGGGUCCACGCACGGUGGCUGAGGAAGAAGCUGGAGCAGAUUAAGAAGGAGAGCUUCGCCGUUCAUUUGUGGAAUCGGCAGAGUCGGGAUGUGAAGAUUGAAGAUGGAAGCGUGAUGAGUCGGAUUAGGAUGGAGUACUGUAGUACUUUCUGCAAAUCUUCUUCUUCUUCUUGAUUCUUGGUUUAAUUAGUUUGUUAUAUGUAUUCCAUUUGUAGUGUAGAUGAUGGAAAGGAGAAUCUUUUCCAUUGAAAAAAUUUAGAGGUUUUGUUCUAUUUCGAUUUCUUAUUUUUCGAUCCACAUUAUUAUUCGAUAAAUUAAUGAUAAACCGUUAGUUAUUAUUAUGUUAAUAAAAGUCGAGUGGAUUGGAAGACGAGAUAUACGUAGCAACAAGCUAAUGACUUUGUUAUAACAUAUAGAUCUCUCGUUUCUUUUGUUUAUAUGUCAUGUUAGGUAUGUUUGGAUAAAUGCAUAAUGGAUUU